AUGAGAGCCCAAGGAGGCCAUCAACCCUAUCCUCCAGGAAUAUGUGUAGAGGAUCAAAGGAGACUCCCCUACCGCAACCCACUCUACCUCAACCCGCCAUCACAAUCCCCCUACAUAACCUCUCUACCACAAACCAAUCUAUCUCAAUCCCCACCACAACCCACUAUACCAUAUCACCCCUACAAAACCCACUCCACCGCAACCCCUGCCACAAUAACACCCCAUACACAACCCACUCCAUCACAACCCCACAACAACACCCCUACCAAACCUCCUCCAACACAACCCAUUCCAUCACAACUCCACAACUACAACCCUAUCACAUCAACCCCCUCCACCACAACCUCCACCACAACCCCAUCCACAAUCCAUUCCGCCACAAUAUCACACCACAACCCACCUCCACCACAACCACUUACCACAACCCCACGACAACAACCCCCUCCACCGCAACCACCUCUAUUACAGCCCAUCCACAACCCCUUCCAACAUAAUAUCACACUACAACCACCUCCACCAUAA